AGGCAAACGUAGAGACGCGUUUCGGUUAAAUCCGUUGUCUCAUGUGGCGAGUUUACCGGUUCCAUUCCGGCGGCGAGUUCUCAGCCAGUUGCCGCCGCUGCGAUGUUGGGGGCGCACGCCGCGCCGGUCGCUCGCCGACUUCUCGCAGUGACGAUCGCGACGACACUUCUUCCCCAACUAAUAAAUCAAGCGAAACCAACAAAGUAAGCGCUCACGAACAGAUAACUUGAUGUGAGAUAACGAGCGCUGCAUGAUAGUGAUUAAUCGCUAAAGUACAUUCAACUCUAUUCGAAACCAACCGCAAUCCCGCUGCGUUUCGAUUUACGCGUAAUGUAAACACACGGUUAAAGUUUUCCGGAAUAAGUUGUUGACUUUACUAACAAUAGUUCUGGAACUGGAUGCAUUGUUUGAAGGAUUGUUAGCGAUAAUGUAGGUAGUUUCGUGGGGUCAGACGGUGUACGUUAGUGAAUGUGUUGGAUGUGAUAGAGGAACUUCAGGAUGGGUGGGCAGUGGACUUUUGGCGCGCUGUGGACGUUGCUGGCGGUCGUGCUGGGGGACUCGUGGACCGCCUACCAGGAGCAGCCGUGCUGCCGGCCCGUCUCGCACCACCGCGUCCGGCAUCAUCGAGAUCAUAUACGGGAGUUCAGCUGCGGGACUCUAUUCUACCGCACCAUGUAUAUGAAUGAAGAUAAAAAUACACUUUAUGUAGGAGCUAUGGAUCGAGUAUUCAAAUUAAAUAUGACUGAUAUUAGUCAAUCACAUUGUGAGCGCGACGCAAUGAUCCUGGAGGCCAACAACGUGGCCCGCUGUGUCAGCAAGGGCAAGACGGAGCCCUUCGAGUGCCGGAACCACAUCCGCGUGCUGCAGCCGCUGGGAGACGGCGAGAGGCUCUAUGUGUGCGGCACUAACGCACACAGCCCUAAAGACUGGGUAGUCUAUUUAAAUUUAACGCACCUCCCUCGGCACGAAUAUGUGCCGGGCGUAGGUUUCGGAGUGGCCAAGUGCCCCUACGACCCGGCGGACAACAGCACGGCCGUGUGGGUGAGCCGCGGCAACCCCGGCGGGCUGCCCGCGCUCUACGCCGGCACCAACGCCGAGUUCACCAAGGCCGACCCCGUCAUAUUCCGGAACGACCUGUUCGAUUUUCGAACGGGACAAAAGAAGUACAAUUUUAAGAGAACGCUGAAGUAUGACUCCAAAUGGCUCGACAAAACCAACUUUGUGGGAUCGUUCGACGUGGGCGAGUACGUGCUUUUCUUUUUUCGAGAAACGGCUGUGGAGUUCAUGAACUGCGGCAAAGCGGUGUACUCACGGGUGGCCAGGGUGUGCAAACAGGACACCGGGGGAAAGCACAUACUCAACCAAAACUGGGUCACCUAUUUGAAGGCCAGGCUCAACUGUAGCAUACCCGGAGAGUUUCCCUUCUAUUUUGAUGAAAUACAAAGCGUAUACAUGAUGCCGGGCGAGGUGCCUCGGUUCCACGCCGUGUUCACGACGGGUGCCAGCGACGGGCUCGUGGGCUCUGCCAUCUGCACGUACAACAUGGACGACAUACAGGAGGCCUUUGCGGGCCGCUUCAAAGAGCAGGCGACCUCCAGCUCGGCGUGGCUGCCUGUGCUGCGCGCGCGCGUGCCCGAGCCGCGGCCCGGCACCUGCGUCAACAACACCGAGGCCCUGCCCGACAACGUGCUCAACUUUAUAAGGUCUCACCCACUCAUGGACUCCGCGGUCCGCCACGAGGGCGACGCCCCCGCCUUCUACAAGCGCGACUUGGUGCUGACCACGCUGGUCGUGGACACUCAGUUCGUGGAUAUGCUGGGCGAUGAUAUUACUUACACGGUGUUCUAUGCUGGGACCAGUGAGGGCUCCGUGUACAAGAUAGUGAAGUGGGCAGGCGGUUACUCGCGCGUGGCGGACGUGUGGCGCGCGGCUGGCGACGAGCCGGUGCGCGCGUUGGCGCUUUCGUCGCGUCUCCACUCGCUGUACCUCGCCACCGACAACAGGCUGCGUCAGCUGCCGCUGAGAACGUGUGCACAUCGGUACGACAGCUGCACGAGAUGUGUUCUCGAUCCCUACUGCGGCUGGGACAAAGAAGUUGGGGCGUGCCGUCCGUAUACUCCUGGUCUUCUACACGACGCCACGAACUCUACGCCAUCCAUAUGCGAGGCCAGUGCUCCUCUGAAGACCGUCAGAGCCGGCUACGGCCAGAGCGUCCAUCUGGCGGCUUUUGCCAAGACUCCUGAGGCUUUGAAGGACCAGCAUGUCGUGUGGUUCCAUCACUCAAGAGAGAAGGGAAGAUACAGGAUAAGUUUCAAUUGGGAGCGAGUGCUGCAGACAUCGGAGCGGGGCUUGGUACUGCUGACCGUGACAGAGUCCGAUCGGGGCCGGUACGAGUGCUACUACGGGCCCACACUCGUUGCUUCUUAUAACUUGGACAUCGAUAUGCACAGGUGUGCUCAACCAAGCAAGACUACAGACUACAAGCAAGUGUACUCGGACUGGUGCCACGAGUUCGAGAAAUAUAAAAGUGCGAUGAAAGCCUGGGAAACUCGGCACAUGCAAUGUUCCAAAAACGUGAACGGGUCAUCGAGCCAGAACAGCUUGGUCAACGAGAUCGUGACAUCGCUGCGGUGAUAGAGCAUUAACUAAUCAAGUACAGUGCCUCACAUAAACUAGAGUCAGACUAAGCUUACUGCACAGACUUUGUAGAGACUAAUCCUCUCAUUCAUAAAACUUUACAAGCGUCAAUUAGUUAAUUCAUGUUUUACUCUUUCCUACAUAUACACAAGUAAAUAUGACAAAUUAAGGCAAACGAUUAAUAACUAAUUGAGGCUUGUAGGGUGUUUUGAAUAACGCCCAGAAGGAAGUGUCCCAUUUAACGUCAAAAUCAUAUAUCGCAGUCGCAAUCGUAAUAUAACUUAUACGUUUUGAUCGCCAAAGACGUCAUUAACGCCCUCGGUAACACGUGCCCUAUACGCCAGCACGUGUAUCGUAAUAAUAGAUACAACAUUAAAUUUUCUGUAAUUAUUUACUUAUGAAUUUAAUAUGAUGUGUUUAAUGAUUUUUUCACAAUGUGUGACUUCAAAGUCGGUGUGGGAUUAGCUUAGGCGGCUCUAUACGAUAUCGCCUUUUUAUUUCGUACAUUGCUGAUCAGUACAAAGCCGAAUAUUUAACUUUGUGAAAUAAUUAAAAGUUAAUUUCGAAUAAACUUCUUUCGAAUUGGUCAUUACAGUUUCAACAACAUCGAAAAUAAUGCGAAAACUUCUGCUGUUAUAGUGCUGAAUAAACAUGUAAUACAACCUAAGAAGGAUGAUGUCUGUUUAAAUAGCUCCCUCGCUGGUUCCCUUCGAGUCUUUGAUGGAUGACUGACUUGUUUAACAAAGUUAAUGUUGGUUUUUCCUUUUCUUUGUUGGUAUCUUCAUUGGGCGAAUGUCGAAAAGUUUAUGUGCAAUUCAGCAACAGUUAAAGUAUUGUUCAUUGUUAAGAACAUAAAUAACAUAUGUAGGUAGUAACUUAAUAUUUGGCAAAAUUAAUAAAUAGUUUCAUUGUAAUGAACUGUGAGGUUUUGUUAUUGAGCUAGAAUUUUAAACCGAAACAUAACACGUGCGUUAAAUAACCGAUCUCUGCGUAUCUAUACUCGUGCGUACAAAUUUGAAUUAUAACCUAAGUUACGAGUAUACAACGCAAUCAGAGUGGCAUCUGCUGUGUUUCGACCUUAAAUCAUUAAUUACUAUGUGUAAUAUUACAGUCAAGUAAAGAUGAUGUGCAUUUGUUAUAGUAUGUAUAUUUAUUUCGCACAAUGCUAUUAAUGGAGGAACUAUAUUCGCGCAAAAGUCGAAUUGUACUAAAAUGUUCAGUCGACUCUAAAGUAAUUAGCAAUUUUAAAAUGCUCUCAAUACUUCCUUAUUUUAACAUAUGUAUAGCGAGCUGUAAAAUUACAUGAUUAUGAAUGGAAUCCAUGAAUCCAUUCAUAAAAAGGUCAUGCACUUUUGCACCUAGAAGCGCUCAGUUAUAAGUUAUUUUUAUUACUACUACAAUCGGUUAUAUACCUAGUCGGCUGAAACAUAAAUCUAGUGUGUAAGUUAAAUAAUGUUUAACACGAAAAUGAGGGUUCCAACAAUUCAAAAUGCUGUGAUAUCAGUUCUGUAUUAUUGUGCGGUCACAUGUAAGAGUUUAACUACGUAUCCGUACGUGAGUAAUACGGUAACACCCAACCAGCGACUGGGUGGUCUCGAGACUUAAAACUACUGAUAAACAUCGCUCUUUCAUUUAUCUUGACGUCUAUCUAGCAUCCUCAAACCACAUAUCCCGUUGUCUAUUUUAUCGCUAUUUAAUUAUGUAGAAUUAAGUUUUAAAGGCUUAGAUAACAAGCUAUUACAGCAGGUCAUCAGCUUUAUCUUUAAAGGAGAGUAUUUGGUUUGUGCGACUCAAAAUUAGUUAGUGUUUUUUUUUAAUAUUUACUUUGUAAGCCUCAUUUUUUCGGAUGUGGUUUUAGGAUGCAAGAAAAAUAUAAAAAUUCACUUUCUAUUGCAUUUAUUAUUUUAUUUUACAACCUGUAACUCAUAUAUAAUUAUAGUUGAAUUAACAUAAUUUGUACCUAAAUAUAAGAGAAUAAAUAAAACUACAUUGCAGCAAGUUUCGUAAAAAUGUAGCAUUAUGAACGCCAACAUAGCUAUAAGCAUAGAUAUAAAUAAAAUUGUAGAUAUACGUUAAAAGCUUUUGAAUGCAGAUGUUAUUGGAUAUAGUUGUUAAUGUAUUUAAUUUAGAACUGUUUUUGUUAAAAUGGCGAUAGUGAGGUUACGCGUCGGUAGCAGGUUUGAAAUACGUUAAAAAACAUUUUGUUUACUCUCCCUUUCGGCCCGUCAGCGGUCCACGGUUAAUUGGCUUAUUGUCCGAUAGUAAUUAAAAUUAUUUUAGGCUCAAAUGUAAGGUUUGAAUCGAGUUUAAUAGAUUUUUUGGUUAAUUCCGUUUCAUCAUAAAAUUAAUCUCCCUAGAAUAGUGCCUUCUGAUGCAUGCUUACCUACAGAAUAAAGUUAUAAGUACCUAAAAAACUAUUUAAUAAUAUUUUUGUGUAGGGUUUAUGGAAGGAAGGAAUAGAAUUUAUUAACAAUUAUUGUUCAAGUUAGAUAGUUUGUUCUCAAAACAAAGCAAUAAUAAAAAAAGUAUGAUAUUAGAUUUGUCAGUAUUACUCGUUCAUUUACUAAUUAUCAUUUGCGGUGUUAAAGUAAAUAUUGAUCGUACUUAAUAAAAGGGUAAAAAUGUAAAUUAUAAGCAUACUAGUAUAUAGCACAAGUAUAUAUAUAACUACAGAUUUGAUGCGAAUGUUUGCCAUAAAUGCUCCUACUGAAUUAAGGAAAUAGUUUUGACAUGUAAAUGUAUGUAUCCUCGUUGUACAUAAACUGUGAAAUUCAGUAGAAAAAAAACGCUGUAAUGCCAUGUGGUUAUUUCAAAAAAUAAUUGAGGUUGAAUUAUAAGCGAUUGUUUUACAAAAGGAAAAAUAAAUUAUUUUA